CCAGAGGGAGGUUUGCAAGCGGCUCUGGGUGCCAGGGCCCCGGUUGUGCCUGGGUCAUGAGGCUGUGCUGUGGCCCUCACGGGGGGGGGGACAGGUGGAGGGGCCCUUUUCCAGCACUCCAACCAGCAUUUGGGAUUUUCCCUAUAGCACAAGGGUGUGACGGGAUAGGCUGCCUCAGGCUGGGCUUGCGGGACUUGCUUGGAGGGCAAGAGGAGCCAGGACCACAUCGCAGUGGGCACCAGGGGCUGUGUCCUGGCUGGGGAUUCCUUUCCUGCUCCGACGGGCUCAUGGAUGUGCCUGGAGAAGGUCAAAUUCUGCCCUAGCUCUGCACCCUGAGAUGGCAUGUGGGGACCAAAGGGGGAUUCUGGUGGCUCUGCUGUACCCUGUAGCAGUGCUGUGUGUUUCCCGAAAGGCAUGUUUCCAUGGCGGGGCUGCCUGUUGCACCCAUGAGCGUUGGGGACCCCAGGGCUGCGCUGGGUGCUGUGGCCCCCCCCCUCCCCUUCCUUCCCACGAGGGCAGGAAGGACCAAGCCCCAGUUCCUUCCUGUGCAGGGAUGGGGGUCAUGGGGCAUCUGCGGUAAGAAAAGCCCUGCCCAUCCUGCAGCUGCUGCCAGUUGUUUUGACGUCCCACGUGAGUCACCAGGCCCCACAUCUUCCUUACCAUGUGCGAUUAAACACCAAAUCUCUGCUGGGUUGCACUGUCCCAGCUCCCUUGGCCCUCCCAGCAUCUUCCAGCCCCUGCCUGGCUACAAAUACUGGACUGCCCCGAUGCAGGCAGGGCAUCCCCACUGAGCUCCCUCGUACCCUGUGGGGACAGAGCCACUGGCAUCCCAUGAUGGGAAUUUAAGGAUUUAAAAAUCAAACAGCAUGGGAAAAGCAAAAGCCAGCGGAUCCGGAAGCCUGCGGGCGUCUCUUCCUCUCCCUCCAAGUGCCAUCGCCUGCUUCCUGCCCUACCUCAUCUUCCGCAGCCACCUUUGUCCUCGCAGACGUGUCAGGCUAGCAAUUCCAUCUGAACACACGGCCUCAGCGUGCCGGCCUGGUGCUAUGCGAUGCUCCCUGAAGCGCUCCCUCACAGCUGCACUCGCAGCCUCCUUCCUCCUCCUCCUCCUCCUCCUCUUCCUCCAGGGGGGCAGCUGGCAGGAACAGGAUCCCCUGGAGGUGGAACUUGGGGGCUUGGCCCCAGCCACGGUUCUCCAGAUGCUGCAGCCAGAAGGAGCCCAGCGCAUCCUCAGGGACACAGAUGACCUGUCUGCACUCCACAAUGUCUCCUACCAUCUCCUGGCUGGCUCCCUGUCACCCCACAAAAAAUUCUUGGCAGUGGGACUGGCAUCAGUGCAGCGGCCGCGUGGCUACUACCUCCCAGCCACACUCCAGUCCCUCUUCAAGCAGUCGACAGAGGAGGAGCUGCAGGAGAUGGUGGUGGUGGUGCACCUGGCCGAUGCAGACCCAAGAUGGAACAUGCACGUGGCUGCCAACAUUGCCCACAAGUUUGCUCACCACAUCCUCCUGGGCCAGCUCCUGCUUAUCCACACUCCCCAGGAGUUUUACCCCACCCUGGAAGGCCUCAAGAGAAACUAUAACGACCCAGAGGAGCGGGUGAGGUUCAGGUCCAAGCAGAACGUGGACUAUGCCUUCCUCCUUGCCUUUGCCGCCAACCUCUCCUCCUACUACUUGAUGAUUGAGGAUGACGUGUGGUGCGCCAAGUCCUUCUUGACGGCCAUCCGCAAGGCACUGGCUUCCCAGGAAGGCUCCAACUGGGCCACCCUUGAGUUCUCCAAGCUGGGCUACAUCGGUAAGCUCUACCGCUCCAGUGACCUUCCUCGCCUGGCUCGCUUCCUCCUCCUCUUCUACCAGGAGAUGCCCUGCGACUGGCUGCUGGUCCACUUCCGCCUCCUGCUCACUCAGAAGGAUGUCAUCCGCUUCAAGCCCUCCCUCUUCCAGCACAUGGGCCUCUACUCCUCCUUCCAGGGCACCAUCAACCGGCUGGAGGACGAUGAGUUCCAGGCUGAUGCCUUGGACCUUCCGGACAACCCGCCAGCGGCCUUGUUCACCAGCAUGUCCGUCUUUGAGAACUACAAGCCCCUCAAGGCUUACGGGACAGCAGAAGGGUAUUUUUGGGGUAAAGACCCAGCAGCCGGCAGUGUCUUCUCCAUCAUCUUCCACCAGCCGGCCCGCGUCACCCGUGUCCGGGUGCGCACAGGCUCUGAUGAGCGCCAGCGUGAUUUCCUGCGCGCGGGGGUUCUGGAGCUGGGCCGGCAGCGGCAGGCUGAUGGCCGGGACUGCUCUGCCUACACCACUGUGGGCACCUUUGAGAAGGGGACCUUUGAGCAGCGGGGACUGGAGAGGGGCAUGCCCGGCCCUGUGGAGUGCGUGAGGAUCCGGGUAACCCGGGACCAGAGUGAGUGGCUCAUCAUCCAGAGCAUCGACAUCUGGACCACGGCAGGCACCUGAUCACAGCUGCAGCAGGUUGCCAAAGCGGCUGGAUUUUGUACUAAGAGGUCCUUUAUUUUUCUCACUCCCUUUUUUUGAUAAGGAAUUAAAUUAUUGACUCCCA